UUUUUUAUUAGAGACGUACUUUAUCUUGUGCUUAGAAUCCAACAUGUGGUGCCCAUAUGCAUGAAAAAAAAAUGUUGUAUAUUCUGCAUGCCACUGAUUUGCUAGAUAGAUUUGUCAUAUAUAUGAUGCAUGCUGUUACCUAUAUUUCCAUUAACUUCCCCUUUAAUUUCGUAGUGUUUUUUCCGUAUAGUUUUUUAGUAUCUUGCAAUGGAGAAAGCUGUUUGGGAUGCAUACCACACUAGAGUUUUCUGUGACAUAUGUAUGGAUGAAGUCAACGCAAACAAUAGGGAUGGGGGUUGUUUGAGUAGAAAGGGGUACAAGAAUCUCGGUGAAAAAUUUACCGAGAAAAUAGGAAAGCAAUUUACGAAGAAGCAAUUCAAGAAUAAAUGGGAUGCUUUAAAGAAAGAUUAUACGGGUUGGAUGGAGUUGCAAAAUGCAACUGGGCUAGGUUGGGAUCCGGUGACAAAAACUAUGGACGCAGAUGAUGAGUGGUGGAAGACGCACCUAGUUUAUCGGCCUGAACAUGCAAAGUUCAGAAAUGGGCCACCGGCCAACUUGGAACAACAAGAUGUCAUGUUCAAGAAGGCUCAUGUCACCGGAGAAUCAGCGGCCAUUCCGGGACAAGAAUUAGGAGAGGACAAGGAUGGUCCAAUAUUGUUGGAUGAUGAUGGUGAGGCAACGAAGAAAACAACCCUAGGGAAACGCAAGGCUUGUGGUGGAGAUAAGGAAAAGGAGAGCCCCUUUUUCAAGGCGUACAACACUGCCUUGAGCAACAUAGUUUCAAAGGUGGAUGUUGGAAGUUCUAGCAGCAAGGAUGACUCUGUCCCAACUAUGAAGGAAUUUUUAGCGAUGGUUCGAGAGUGUGGAGUCAGUGAAUUUUUAGCGAUGGUUCGAGAGUGUGGAGAGUGUGGAAUCAUUUCACCAAGUUGAGAACCGUUUCAGUCGGUCUCUCGAAACAAUUCAUAGGAAGUUCAACAUGGUACUGAAUUGUUUGUACAAUUUGGGUAAAGAUAACAUAA